CAUACCGGGCAACAACAAAAACAUAAAAUGUGCUGCCAUAUUAUUGGUAUAAUACCUUGAAUUAAACUAUUUCUGCUAUAAAAUUCAGCUGGUAACUCCCCAGUAGUGGUGGUCUUGUAAUCAGCACGUUUUCUGCAAGACUGAAAACACAACACUCAAGGUAAACAAAACAAAAUUCGGAAACUUAUAAUGAACGUGGCCCCAGAUUUUAAGCCAGUGCCAACUCGAGCUGCUCUAGCAUUACACAGAAAAAGUCAACAGAUUGAAUUCCAAGCACUUGUUUUUGAAGAUCCUUCUAAAUCUGCAACUUCCAGCAAUGAUAAUGUCCUGGAUAAGAGUAAGAAACACAGUGAGCGUGCUUCCCAAAGUCGCAACUCUAGAGGUGAGCCAGAAGAAUUCGACAUUAAGAAAGCUAGACAUGAAGUACUUAGCUUUGCCAUGAACAAUCAACGCAUCAUUAAAAACAAAAAGAAAAUGGAGGCUUUUCAACUAAUAAAAAUGGGAGCAAAACCACCAAAAAAAGCUUAUAAAAACUACAAGGACCUAUUAGAUGAACGCAAACGAUUAAAUGAUAUACGUGAACAGAGAAAGAAAUUCCAUCAAUUGGGCAAAAAUCAAACUGGGGCGGCGUCUGUGAAAUGCCGAGGUAAAACCAAACUUGAGAAACAACAGAAGAAACGCGCUCCUGUUUCAGCAAUAGAUCAACAUUAUGGUGUGGCGAAACCAAAAUUAAAGAAAAGGAAAUAAAAUAUAUGUAAAUGCAAAUAAUUUGUUAUAUAAUAGUAAUUAAGAUAGGCUUUUUCAAUGUCUAAUAAAGUUAAAUGAGAAUCUAAAA